AUGGAGAUGGCUGUGGAAAUGAAGCCCAAGAAAAGUGUUGCCGAGGAAAUGGCAGAUUUAUUCAAUGACUUUACAAAUCCAAAGGACUCAGGAGCUAAAGAAGCACUGAAAGCACCCUCGCUUUUCCGAAUUUGGGAUAUUAGCCAGAAAUACUUUUUCCUGGAGAACAACACACUGGUGGCAGUUCCCAAAGGUUCCAACUCAACAGAGGAAAUACUGGGUGUGGUCCCCAAUCGAGGUAUUACAGACACAAAUAUGAAUAUAUUCCCCAUUAUCAUGGGUCUCCAAGAUGGGAAGCAUGUCUUGUCCUGUGCUGAAUCUGGUGGUCAGCCUCAGAUAAAGAUAGUGGAGCAAGAUCUCAUGAUUCUGUAUGGGAAAAAUGAGCCACUCAAGAAUUUCACCUUCUUGAACCACACUGAAGGCGGGCAACAGACUUGUUCGUUUGAAUCUGCAGCUUGUCCAGGUUGGUUCAUAGGUACGUCCACUGAGCCAAACAAGCCUGUUGGUUUGAGUCAUAAAGGAGGUGCCGAGAUCACCACGUUUUACUUUGAGAAAAAAUAA